AUACUGCUUUUACAGUGUUAAUAGUUCAACAGUUGAAACAAAAAGAAAAUGCAUCUUAUUAAGCAUGGCAUGCAGUAUUUAGACUAGUUAAGAGUGUUUCCUGGACGACUACCUAUCUAGCAGACGAGUGCAUGAUCGCUACCCUCAGAAAAUAUCUUUGUAAUCCCAGCGGAAGACUUAACCCAGAAACGGAAGUUGAAAUUUAGCGCCAACAGUUAAAGCUGAAAAUGGAUGUUCGGAAAGUGAAGACCAAGGUUUCUUCUGGGUUCAAGAUGCGUGGAUUAAUGCUACGACCGGAAGCCAGCAAGUAUUUAUUGGAGGUAUUGGAAUCUGUGAGUGAGGUCGAGCUGAAUGAUGUCAUUGAGCGCAUAUUGGAUGCUGUGGAAAAACAGCCAUUAUCUUCUAGCAUGAUUGAGCUGGCUGUGGUGGAGACUGCUGUGCAGGACUGCAGUCAGUCAAGCGAUGAGACAAUAGACAAUGUUUUCAACAUCAUUGGAGCGUUUGAUGUUCCAAGAUAUAUUUACAGUGCAGAGAGGAAGAAAUUUGUACCUCUCAGCAUGACCACUAAUCCAUCACCUGGCCUCUGUGGCCUGGCCAGGGACAAAGCUGAGCUCUUCAGAGAACGCUACACCAUCCUGCAACAGCGCACUCACAGGCAUGAACUUUUCACUCCUCCUGUGAUUGGCUCAGCUCCAGAGGAGGGCAGAAAUAAAUUCCAGCUGAAAACUGUUGAAGCACUCUUGGGAAGCACUGCUAAGCUGGGGGAGGUCAUCAUCUUGGGCAUGAUAACACAACUAAAAGAGGGCAAAUAUUACCUUGAAGAUCCAAGUGGCACAGUACAGCUGGACAUAUCGAAGGCACAGUUCCACAGCGGUCUUUACACAGAGUCCUGCUUUGUUCUUGCUGAAGGAUGGUAUGAAGAUUUAGUCCUCCAUGUGAAUGCCUUUGGGUUUCCACCGACUGAACCCUCCUCCACCACAAGAGCCUAUUAUGGAAACAUGAACUUUUUUGGAGGCCCGUCCACCACCUCAGUCAAAGCCUCUGCCAAGCUGAAACAACUGGAGGAAGAGAAUGAGGAUGCCAUGUUUAUCAUUGUGUCUGACCUAUGGCUGGACAAUGUUGAGGUUCUGGAGAAGAUCCACACUAUGUUUGCAGGAUAUUCAGCUAUGCCUCCCACCUGCUUCAUCUUCUGUGGCAACUUCUCCUCAGCCCCAUAUGGCAAAAACCAGAUCAAAUCACUGAAAGAAUCAUUCAAAGCUCUUGCUGAUGUGAUAUGUGAAUAUCCAAACAUCCAUAACAGUAGCCGCUUUGUGUUCGUCCCAGGCCCUGAAGACCCUGGCCCCAGUGCAAUACUGCCACGGCCCCCCUUGUCAGAACACAUCACAGAGGAGUUCAGACAGCGAGUGCCUUCCUCUGUGUUCACUACCAACCCAUGCAGAAUCCAGUACUGUAGUCAGGAGAUCAUAGUGAUGAGAGAAGACCUAGUCAACAAAAUGUGCAGGAAUUGUGUGCGCAUGCCGAGUGGCACUCUGGAUAUUUCCAACCACUUUGUGAAGACCAUCUUGUGCCAAGGCCAUCUGAGUCCUUUGCCCUUGUAUGUCAGCCCGGUGUACUGGGCGUAUGACUAUGCGAUGCGGGUUUACCCUGUUCCGGACGUCAUUGUCUUCGCUGACAAAUAUGACCCCUUCAACAUCACCAACCAAGACUGUCUGUGCAUCAAUCCGGGAUCAUUUCCUAAAAGUGGCUUCACAUUUAAGGUGUACUACCCCUCCAACCGAACAGCAGAGGACAGCAAACUUCAAGGACUGUAGCAAAGGACUGUAGCUGACAUGGCAAACACGGCAAUCAUGGCAGCAUUUUUGUGACUGUACACUCUUGUAAAAUAUUGUGUGAUUUUGAUUUCUAUAAAUGUCUUUUUAAUCUUGUGUUAACUUCCAUGUCUGUUUUAUUGUUACUGUCAAUAAAAGACGUAUAAUGAGAAAAACAGCGCUAUUAGUUUUGAAAAAAAAAGAUUGUAUGUGUCUGUUACUUUCUGCAAAGUACAAAUACAAGUAUCUACAAAUGUCACUUUUAGAAGAGUGAUGUUAAUGAUUGACAACUUUUUGUUUCAUUCUUUAGUUAUAGUUCAAUGACCAUGAACAU